AUGCUGCUUGACCUGGUCUUGGCCUUCAGCGCCGGGGCACUGCUCUUCUGGGGGGGAUGGACCUACCUCGAGCGCAGCGGCGACGGCGUGGGUGGGGGCCUGGACAGGGCCCAGCACGCCCUGUUCGCGGGCGUGUUUGCCCUGUCCUCCCACCAGCUCUUCCUCCUGCUCUGCGAGGUCCUGGACGUGCUGAACCCAGGGCUUAGGAUCCUGGCCCAGCGCGCCCAGCGUGCCGGCCUCCUCCUCCCCAUCGUCGCGCGCGUCGGUGCGCUGGGCGUGGUCCUCGUGGCCGUGCUCUCCGGCUACGGCUCCGUCACCCUGCCCUACACCUACAUCUCCCUGUUCAUCCGCCCCGUGGAGAGCGGGGAGGUGGCGGUGGGGGAGGAGCGACUUGCCGCCGCGCGCGCCGCGCUGGCCGACAAGCGGCGCCGCAUCGAGGUCCUGGAGUGCGGCUGCGCGGCAGAGGCGGGCGACGUCCUGGCCGGCGGUGCGGCGGGCACGGCGUCCAGCCCCGCGUCGGGGCACUCGCUCGUGCGCUGGGUGUCGGGCGCGUUGCGCCCGGGACCGGGGAAGCGCGCGCUGGGCACGCUGCGCGCCGAGGCGGGCGCGCUGGAGUCGCUGGUGUCGGCGCUGCGCGCCGAGGCGGCCGAGCUGCGGCGCGAGCGCCGCCGUGCGGCACGCGCGCGCACGGCCUCCGGCCACGCCCGCAAUGCGCUGGGCUACCUGCUGUCGCUGUACUGCGUGUACCGCAUGCUGGCGGCGGCCAGGAGCCUGCUGUGGGGCGAGCCGGGGCGUGGGGCCGACCCGGUGGGCACCCUGGUCAGGGUCGCGGUCGGGGUGCUCACGCGCGGGGCGGUGCAGGUGGACACCCACAUCCUCUCCCAGUACAUGACGCUGGCCUUCGUGGCGGCCAUCUCCGUCACCUCCCUCCGCGGCUUCCUGCUCAACGCGCAGCGCGCGCUGAGCUGGCUGACCGGCGCGCGCCGCGCCGCGCCCCCCGUCUUCCUCCUCACCGAGCUGUUGGGCUUCCACGCGGUGUCCACCCUCCUGCUCCUGCGUCGCCAGCUGGCGCCGGCCCACCGCGCGGCGGUGACCGCCGCGCUCGGCGGCAGCGGCAGCGAGGGCACCGCCGACCUGCCCCUGGACGCCUUCAACGCCUGGUUCAACCGUCUGUUCCUGGGCGCGGCGCUGGCCUCCAUCGCGCUCUACUGGACGGCGGUGCGCCAGGCUCGCGCCGAGGCCGCCGACCGCCUGCCCCUGUAUACGCCGCACCGCCGGGCGGCCGAGGAGUGA